AUGAAUGAGACAAAUUUUCAAUUUUGGUCGCCUCAUUGGACUUCAAUUUUUAUUUACGAAAAAAAUGAUCGAACCUCAUUUUUUUUAUGUUCAUUAUAUUCGUUUUUUUAUUCUCCAUAUUGGAUUUACUAUUUGCAAUUGACCGCAUUUAUUAUUUUGGGAUCCGCUGUUAUUUUUUACAUUAUAUUUUUACCUUUGAACUUAAAAAGGGAUUUAAGCGACGUAGGAUUCGAUUACCUCACCGACGGUUACUACAAAUCGGCCAAAUACCGGAAAAAAAAUAAAAGAGAACUUGUAAACGAAGUGCAAAGACUUCGAAAAAUGGGCGACUUUCCUCCGGCUUUUCCGAACGGUUGGUUUCCCAUCAUGGAAUCCGACGAUCUUAAACAGGAUCAGGUCAAAGAAGUAACCGCUCUGGGUGAACAUUUUGCCGUAUUUCGCAGGAGUGACGGUGAAGUGAACGUGUUGGAUGCAUACUGUCCUCACUUGGGAGCGAAUAUGGCGAUAGGAGGAAUGGUUCACGAUAACUGUUUGCAGUGUCCUUUCCACGGCUGGAGAUUCGAUGGGAAAACUGGACAAUGUAUUUCUAUUCCCUACGCUGAAACCGUUCCUAAUUUUAUAAAAGUGAAAAAAUGGCCGUCGAUCGAAGUGAAUUCUUUAAUAUUUGUUUGGUAUCACGCGGAAAACGAAAAGCCAACUUGGUAUCCGCAACAUUUGGAAGUCAUACAGUCGAAAAAAUGGCGAUGUCACGGACGUUCGGAAUUUUUAGUCGGAUGUCACAUUCAAGACAUAUCAGAAAACGGUGGCGAUAUAGCACACUUGAAUGCGAUUCACGCUCCCAGUUUACUGGCGGGUUACGAUUUGAGAUUUUACGAAAGAUUCUAUUUUAAAUUUAUUAGGCACAUUUGGACCGGAGAUUGGCGACCCAGUUCAACCACUUCUCAUAUGGGUAUAAUGAAUCUGAGUCUCGACACGAGGGUGCUCAAUAAAUUUUCAUUGGGAAAAAUGAACGUUCACGUCGAGCAAAUCGGACCGGCUUAUGCAGAACUUCACGUUAGAAGCACUUGGGGACCGAUGGUGAUACUUCAAGCGGUCACACCAGUGGAACCCAAUCUUCAAAAGGUGGUAAAUAGAAUUUUUGCUCCUCCUCACCACUUUCUAACGGCCAAAUUGAUGCUUUACGGCGAGCUCAUCAUGUUUGAGCGAGAUAUAAUGAUAUGGAAUCAUAAGAAGUACUUGUCCAAACCUCAGCUCAUAAAAGAAGAAAGAGCACUCGUAAGACCCCGAAGGUGGUACAGUCAAUUUUACUUUGAAAAUAGUCCCAAAUAUAUUUUUAAACGAGAAAAUUUAGAAUGGUAA